AUGGUCACACUGAAUCAUCAGAGUUUCUGGCAGCCGCCAACAACGAAGUCCCCGCAAAGGUGUUCUUCAAUUUGUUCCGGAACCCAAACCGUUGUUGUGACAGAGAAACUCAAUGCCUCAGGAGAAAGUUGCGAAGGAGGUUAUUACAACCUGGAGAACAAUGUGCCACAAGAAGAGCACAGGGCAGAGGACAUGGCAUCGGAAGUUGGGCGGCUCUCUCCAUCUAUUUCGCCUACUGUCUAUCAAAGCGAUGCAUCAGCCGCCAAUAAUUACCCCGAUUACCCCCAGGAGGUCGCGCUUUAUCCUUCCUCUCGAGUCAGUAGUACUCCCUCCGUGACUGGCCUAGAUGGACCUGGAACAACGAGAGUCUUCGACGUCUUUGAGGAUGAUGACAACAGGAAUCUUACUGCAAACGGAAGCAAGUGUGCCUGGGAAGACCUAAACAGUUCUUACCCGAAACGACCCCGUUGCUUGAAAUCAACCGCCAUGAAUGCAACCAAGUCACGCAGAAGACGAACGAGUCAACCAAAAGCCGAAGGUUCGUCAUUUGAAAGCGAAGAGGGUUAUGUAGAUAACCUCGCUGGGCUUGGGAAUGCGAUCCGAUAUCUGAAGCGGUUUUACAGCCUGGCCACUGCUGAGGCCAAGUUCUCUGAUGAUCUCGCCGAUGCCGAUAUUGUCAAAGAAAAUCUCGCGGUGCUUCAGGUUGCAACAAAAACGCUACAGCACGCUUACGGUAUCAUUGCAACAAGCGCCACAGUAAUAGGGGAUCCUGUUCGACAAGCCACGACCGUACAAGCACGGCAAACUAUCACGCGCAGGAAGUGGUCCGUCGAAGAUGACAGUCGAUUACUGAAGCUGAGAGACUCUCAGAAACUGCCAUGGAGUCGUAUCCGCGACUUAUUUCCUGGAAGAACUCUGAGCGCAGUCAAACAACGUUAUGUCCGGGAGACUUCCAAGCAGACCGAAACCCCCGCCAGCAAAGACAACCACUCAAACCUCUCUGACCAGCAUGUGAAGCGCACAUCGAAUAUCCGAAGAAGCCAGAGGCUGGGCCGACCUCACCAAAUCAAGAAUACAAGGAGCGACGCCGAGCGCCAUCGAAGGUAUCCCUCGCGUGCAGUGAAGCAUUCUGGUGAUUCAAACGCAAUGAAACUGGAUUCUAUCGACCCCCGACUUAGAAAUCUCGGUCAAACCUAA